AUGUCAACACCAGAACAAAAUAGUUUGUCACCAUCAAGAGCAGAUGGGUCAAGAGGUGCCCAACCAGGCCUUCGUCGUCGUGGAUCAUCAGUUGGUAACAUUGACGUUGGCGACACUUCACCAUCAUUUGCUACAAUGUACACGUCUAAGUCCCAAAGAAAGAAAUCAGAUGCUAGAAUUCUUGAAUUGUCUAAGGAUACUGAUUCAGAUGUAGCAAUCGUGAAAAAGAUUGUUGUUGCAUACCGAGAAAUCACGUAUAGACACACCUGGAUUAAUCCAUUACUCGUGUUGAUUGCAGCCGUUGGAGCAUUCUUUCUUUCCGGGCCAGAUACUGUGAUCCACAAGUUUUUAGAGGCUAUGAUAGUCCCAGCGUAUAAGAUUCCAGGGACCGAUCAAUACGGUAAAGGUUUGCACGAUUUCUAUUUUGUUGGAUUCUAUGCGAUUUUCUUCACGUUCUUAAGAGAAUUUUUGAUGUGCUGUGUGUUGAGACCAACUGCUAACUGGUUGAAUAUCAAAAAGGAAGCCAAAGCAAAACGUUUUAUGGAACAAACUUACGCGAUGUUUUACUAUGGGGCUUCUGGACCAUUUGGGUUAUGGAUUAUGUCUAAAUUACCAUUAUGGUUCUUUGAAACAUUACCAUUUUAUGAAAACUACCCACACAAAACUCAUGAUUUAUACUUUAAAAUAUACUAUUUGGGUCAAGCAGCAUUCUGGGUCCAACAAUCCGUUGUUUUGAUUUUGCAAUUAGAAAAGCCUCGUAAGGAUUUCAAGGAACUUGUAUUGCACCACAUUAUUACCAUUGCCUUGAUCUGGACUUCAUACCGUUUCCACUUUACCUGGAUGGGUUUAGCAGUUUAUAUCACUAUGGAUGUUUCUGACUUCUUCUUAGCUACAUCUAAGACCUUGAACUAUUUGAACUCUCCUUUAACUGGUCCAUUCUUCGUGUUAUUUGUUGGUAUCUGGAUCUAUUUGAGACACUAUCUCAACUUGCGUAUCCUUUGGUCUGUGUUAACUGAAUUUAGAAAUGUCGGAGAAUGGGAACUCAACUGGGAUACUCAGCAAUAUAAAUGUUGGAUUUCCCAACCAAUUGUGUUCUUCUUAAUUGGCGCUUUACAAAUCGUUAAUUCCUACUGGUUAUUUUUGAUUUUCCGUAUUUUGUGGAGAUAUGUUGCUGGUGGUGUGACUAAAGAUGAAAGAAGUGAUGAUGAGGAUGAAGAAGAAUCCGAGUCUGGCGAAGAAGAAACCAAGAAAACCGAAUAA